GCUGGCGUCCGUUACCGCCAGGAUGUCGUAUAUGCUGCCGCACUUGCACAAUGGGUGGCAGGUGGACCAGGCCAUCCUGUCGGAGGAGGACAGAGUCGUGGUGAUACGCUUCGGGCACGACUGGGACCCCACGUGCAUGAAGAUGGACGAAGUCCUGUACAGCAUCGCCGAGAAGGUUAAAAACUUUGCUGUUAUUUAUCUUGUGGAUAUCACUGAAGUACCAGACUUCAACAAGAUGUACGAGUUGUAUGAUCCCUGUACUGUCAUGUUUUUCUUCAGGAACAAACACAUCAUGAUUGAUUUAGGUACGGGAAAUAACAACAAGAUCAACUGGGCAAUGGAAGAUAAGCAAGAGAUGAUUGACAUUAUAGAAACUGUUUAUAGAGGCGCCCGCAAAGGUCGAGGUUUGGUGGUAUCGCCAAAGGAUUAUUCCACUAAAUACCGAUACUGACGUUUCUCUGUGCUGCCUUUUUUCUUAACCUGAUAUCUGCUUAAAUUUAUUACUGUCUAUGUGUGUACAUAUAUGUGUAUUAAAAGCAAAAACCCUAAAAUCCUUGAA